CGAGCGCGCGCGGCGGGGCGGACCGGCAGGCGGCCGGCGGCGGCGUGGGCGCCAAGCCACCCCCGGCGCCGUCUCCGUCUGCUGCCGUGCCGGUUGUCGCUGCUGCAGAUAAGCAGUCGAAGCCGUCGACGCCGCAGAUCAACCCUAUGGCAGUGCUGAGCCGAGAGAGGGUGGCGCAGCCGGCGGCCGCGGCUCCUCCCCCGCUGCAGCACGAAGGUGAGGGGGAGGCGGAGGCGGACAACGAAGAGCGGGAGCACGCGCCGGCUGCCGACACCCGGCCGCGACACGAAGAGGGGCCGGCACUGGCAGCGCCGCCGGACGAGGGGACAAACGUGGGGGCGGCGCCCCCGCUGGGGCCGGCGGACCACGCCGUGGGGCCGGCACCGCCCCAGCAGAAGGAUGGGGAGCGGCAGAAGGACGGGGGCGGGGCCCGCGAGCGGGAGGAGGCGGCGGAAGCGGAGGCGGAGGCGGGCCGCCACUACGACGUGCCGCAGGGCGUCGUGCCCGCCCCGCACGGCUACGUCCUGCAGAGGGAGGAGCCGGCAGCGGGUGAGGACGAGAACGACGAGGGUGGCGGGGUGGGCAUACACCCCCUGGCGAGGGCCGGCUACCCCUGGCGGCCGCCCUUCAUGGUGGGCCCGGGCCCGCAGCCCAGGAGACCGCAGGCGCAGGUGCAGGCGCAGCCGGCCCCACGCGGCCUGCGGCCCCGAGACGGGAGGCGCGAGGAAGCGGAGGAGGAGCCGCUGCAGCAGCAGCAGGAGGAGGAGGACGAGGACGCCGGGGGCGGCGGGGGCGGUGACUACCUGCAGGAGCCGGCGCGGGGGGGCCGCGGCCCGCCCCCGGGCGGGAACGUCGACGCCGCCGUGGACGGGCCGCGGGACGACCCCGCCGCCCUGGAGGAGGGGGAGGAGGAAGAAGAUGACGACAUGGACCACAUCGACUACAACGAGGGCGCCCAGCAGCGACAGGGCGCGAGGGGCGGCGCGGGGCGAGCAGUAGCGCAGCCCGCGGGGGCGGCCGUCGCCGGCGUGCGCGAGCCGCCGCUGCCCGUGGGACCCCGCGACUCCGUCAUGGUCAACCCGAAGAAGUAG